AACAUGUACCACGGCAAGUACAGUCAGGAGACGAGAGUGCGGGACAGCACUGCAGUGCAGUGGUGGCUGACAGCCGGCUGUUGUGGGCUGAUAGUUACUAUGGCAUUCGUGGCCUUCACACUGUGGCUGGGCAUGGAGGGGCCGAGGAAAGUCGAACCGACCAGUGCGGACUUUGGAUACAACCGACCACCCCCAGUGUACCGGCGAGCCGAGGAUCCCAGGAACGUAGUGAGGCCCAGUAGAGGCAAAGUGGAGAAGGUGCACAAGGACGAAGAAGAGGUCGAGGAGAAGAAACCGACACAUUUGAAACUACCGAUACCACAGGCUCCAGUGCUUCACAGAGACGAGGAGGAGAUAAGGAACUACCAGGGAACACUCGACCACGGCGAGGAGCUGAUGCGAGAGACUGGAGUCAAAGACAGUAGCAUAAAGAAGAAAAGCGAGGCGGUUUACCCUUCAGGUUAUGAUCCUGAAUUUUACUUGCCCCCUCGUGUGAUUAACCCUAUUAAUGCCAGAAGAGAAGAAAGCCCCAACCAUUUUGUGCACUACGCAAAACCCGAAAUACCUCCGUUUACGUAUAUUAAAGCUACCGAAGGCGGUAUAGAAGAGCGAAUAGACAACGCGGUGAACAACUACUUCUCUUACCCCUCAGAGGGAGACACGGAAUCUGAAAGUUCUCUUGGGGGAUUUUUACGUCAGAGAUUGAUGGACGUCAAGGACUGGCUGAUGACACGUGGGGAUCAAAACGCAAAUUCUGAAUGGGUUCAAGUAAUUUCGGCAUUUAAUCAAUCAAUCGCUCAAAGGAAUCUCACAUCAAUCAUGAGUAAACUGAAGGAUCUGUACAACUCUACGGACGUCGCGGAUGUACCGGUAUCGUCAAUUCUCUACCCGGACUCACAGAACGGUUCCAGUAUUUUAUCUUUUGGUUUGUUAGCGGUAGACUUGUUCCUGCUACACAACGUACAGCAGAUUGCGUGGAACGAGGAGGCGCAACUCGGAGAUCAGAUGUUGGACGACCCGGAGGUGGUGGCUAUGAACGCGUUGUUCUUGUCUCCGGACCGCGUCAAGCAGCUACGACAAAAGGGCUCCAGGCUGCUAAAGGCGGAGGUGGAGGAGACCAAUAAGAGUUCGCUGACGGAGGCCUUGGAGUUCGUCAACAGUAUGCUGAGGGCGAUCCUGAACCUCAACAAAGCCUACCGCAGCAGCACGGCCGCGAACAGGUCAAGGGGUACGGGGCCUAGCACCAUGGACUGCAUCUGGACACUGUACUGCAGAAAUCUCGACAAGACUGCCAGGCUGCACGGACCUUACGGCUUCCUGGCAAAGAUGAACAGUCUGGGUCUACGUAUGAUGAUGGGAGAGUUCCCCGUGGAGCGUGCCUUUACUCAGCUGAUAGCCGAGGCUACGACAGGCUGGAGACACAUAGACUGUCUCAGGUUGUUUCCCAGGUGCGGCGUUGAGGAGGCCAAAGACAUAGUGAUGAACACAGUGUUGUCUGACUCGCCUGCACACCAGACGUAGACCCUAGUGCUGUACAGUGCU